AUGGCUUCAUUUGGAUUGAUCGGAAAAAUAGAACCAUUUGACGAGACAAUCGAGUCCUGGGAGUCCUAUGUUGAACGUUUUGAACAAUAUUUCGAGGUCAACGAGAUUGACCCUGGGAAGAAGGUCUCUUCGUUAUUGUGUCUAAUUGGUGGAAAACUGUAUUCCCUGCUUCGUGACCUGACAUUCCCCGACAAGCCAGCCACGAAAACAUACCAAGAACUGGUAAGACUACUGAAUAACCAUUUGUCUCCUAAACCCAUUAAAACGGCAGAGCGCUUUCGCUUCGAUAAAAGAGACCAGAAAGAGGGGGAAACUAUCACAGAAUAUGUAGCGCAAUUAAAGAAAUUAUCCAUACAUUGUGACUUUAAUGCGUCAUUAAAUGAAAAGCUGAGAGACAGAAUAGUGUGUGGUGUAAGAAAUACACAAAUUCAGAGACGAUUGCUGUCAGAAAAAGAUCUAUCACAUGAAAAGGCGGUUGAGAUAAGUCUCGCAAUGGAAGCCGCAGCUAAAGACGCCACAGAAUUACAGAGUAAAAACAGGACAGAGACAGGGGCCGUGAACAGAUUGCAUGUGAAAAACAGACAUUCAAAACCGAGUGAUAAGAAAGACAGGAAGCAGUGCUAUAGAUGUAAUGGCAAUGGGCAUGUUGCACAGGACUGUCGUUUCAAAGAUACGGUGUGUCAUAACUGUCAUAAACGUGGACAUAUUCAAAAAGCAUGCCGCUCAAAACCUACAACCCCUAGGAAACCCAUUCAAAGGAAGAAAACUGUAAAUUUUGUAGCUGAUGAUUCUCAGGAUCCCAGUGAUGACAAUUACAUAGCCAGUCUGGAACUUAACAAUUUGGCAAGUAAGGAUAUUAUCUGGAUCCAGCUGAAAAUAAACGGAAAGACGAUGAAGAUGGAACUUGAUACUGGUUCUGCUGUGUCAGUCAUGGCGGAGGGGGAGUUCCGAGAAAAGUUUGGAAAACCAAAUUUGAAAACCCCGGACAUCACGCUACGCACAUAUUCUGGAGAACACAUCAAGCCCGUGGGUUAUAUAGAUGUGCUAGUUGAAUAUGGUGACACGAAACAGACAUUACCCUUGUAUAUUGUUCGUAAAGGAGGACCAGCGCUUCUCGGCAGAGAUUGGUUGAAGAAAAUUCAACUUGACUGGAAAGUGAUCAAAGAGACACAUGCCGUAAACACUGUAAAAUCACCAAACAUUAGUGAAAUUUUGGAGAAAUACAAGGAUGUGUUUAGUGAUGAUGUGGGAACUGUCAAAGGUAUCACAGCCAAGCUGUCACUCAAGGAAAACAAGCCCAAAUAUGUCAAGGCAAGGACAGUGCCAUUUUCCUUAAGAACAAAAGUUGAGGAAGAACUUGACAGACUGGAAGCAGAGGGAACACUUACCAAAGUCCAACAUAGUGACUGGGCAACUCCAAUCGUACCUGUCUUGAAGAAAAACGGAAGUGUAAGAAUUUGUGGAGAUUUCAAGGUCACUCUGAACCCGCUACUUAACGUCGAUCAAUAUCCACUACCCAGAAUAGACGAUAUUUUUGCGAAUAUGAACGGAGGAACACAUUUCUCCAAGAUCGACUUGAAACAAGCAUACUUGCAACUUCCUGUGGAUGAAGCAUGCAAAGAACUACUGACCAUAAGCACACACAAGGGAUUGUACCGCUAUAAUAGGAUGGCCUUUGGAAUUGCGUCUGCACCAGCUAUUUGGCAGAGGACAAUUGAGCAAGUCUUACAGGGCGUUCCAGGGACCCAGUGUAUUUUAGAUGAUAUGGUCAUCACAGGAAAGACUGACGAGGAACACCUCAGAAAUUUGGACAUGGUUUUGAAAAGACUAAGUCAGUAUGGUUUGCGUGCAAACUUAAAAAAAUGUGAAUUCUUCAAAGAGAAUAUAACAUUUUGUGGACACACGAUUGACCGACACGGUCUACACAAGACACCAGAGAAGAUUGAUGCUAUAGUGAAGGCACCUGCACCAACCAAUGUUUCCCAGCUAAGAUCAUUCUUAGGUUUGGUGAAUUAUUAUGGUAAAUUCUUACCUGACUUGGCAACCGUACUUAGACCCUUACACAAGUUACUGCAGAAAGAUAGUCGUUGGGAAUGGACUGAGGCCUGUGAGGAGUCAUUCAACAAAGUGAAGGACUUGGUAGCUUCAGACUUGGUGUUGACACACUACAAUCCAGAUUUACCCAUUUCUCUAGCAUGUGAUGCAUCACCCUAUGGACUUGGUGCUGUUAUUUCUCAUGAGCUACCUGAUGGUACCGAGAGACCAAUCGCAUUCGCCUCACGUACUCUAGCACCAGCAGAGAAAAAUUACUCCCAAAUUGAUAAAGAAGCCUUGGGAAUCAUAUGGGGAAUUAAGAAAUUCCAUUCUUACCUGUUUGGCAGAAGAUUCAAGUUGAUCACAGAUCAUCAGCCUCUGAUACACAUCUUUAGUCCUCAGAAAGGCGUUCCAGUAACUGCUUCAUCGAGACUACAAAGAUAUUCCCUUUUCUUGUCUGCCUAUGAUUAUGAGAUUGGAUUCCGCAAGACAACAAAACACGCUAAUGCUGAUUCAAUGUCACGUCUACCAUUGAAAAGCAAGGAGUCCGAUAUUACCAUCGACCUGGUUAAUGCCUUCCAUCUUGGACAGAUUGAGUGUUUACCGGUGUCCGUUAAAGAUGUUCAACAGGAAACGCGCAAGGAUGCAGUUCUAGGACGUGUGAUGUCAUGUGUAAACAGUGACUGGACUUCAACAGACAAAGAUGGUGGAUUAGCGCCAUAUUAUUCACGUCGGAACGAGCUGUCAAUAUAUCACGGAUGUGUCAUGUGGGGUGUACGGGUGAUUAUACCUACUAAACUCAGAGACCAAGUGUUAUCUCAGAUUCACGAAGGACAUCUGGGAGUCGUUAAGAUGAAGACACUUGCCAGAAGUUUCUGUUGGUGGCCAGGAAUUGACCAGGACAUAGAGAUAGUGGCUAAAAGGUGUCAGGGAUGUCAACAGAAUCAGAACGCGCCUAAGGGAGCACCACUGAAUGCAUGGGAAUGGCCAACAAAAGCAUGGGAGAGAGUUCACAUAGAUUUCGCUGGACCUUUCCUGGGAGCCAUGUUCUUGAUAAUGGUGGAUUCUCACUCAAAGUGGCCAGAGGUGGUCAAAAUGACUACUACUACAUCAGCGCACACUAUCGAUGUUCUUAGGACCGUAUUUUCCAGAAAUGGUCUACCUGCUACUAUUGUCAGUGAUAAUGGUCCACAAUUUACUUCAAGGGAAUUUGAAGACUUCUUGAGUGCUAAUGGAAUCAAACACAUCAAAACUACCCCUUACCACCCAUCUAGCAACGGGUUAGCCGAGCGUUUCGUACAGACAUUCAAACAAGCAAUGAAAUGUAGCAGAAACGAGUCAGGUGGUAUAAAGAAGAAACUAGCAAACUUCUUAUUAGCUUACCGAAGUACUCCACAUUGUACUACCAAUGAAACUCCAGCGAAACUUAUGAUGGGAAGGGAGUUGAGAACAAAAAUGGAUCUGCUCAGACCGAACGUGGAAUCGCAUGUCAAGCAGAAACAAGAAAAUAUGUGUGCACAGAGACGUACACAUGAUAGGGAGUUUGAGCUUGGAAAAUCGGUGAUGAUACGUGAUUAUCGAGGAAAGGACAAAUGGAUCGCAGGAACAAUCGCACAGAGAACUGGACCAGUGUCGUAUCGUGUUCAAGUUGAUCCGACAACUCAGUGGAGAAGACACGCUGACCAGAUUGUGGAAUCGCAAGUUCCGAUGACAAAACCGAACAUUGAGAUUCCAGAGUCAAACACCUCAGGUUCUACCAAUAUUGACCAUGAUGUUUCAUCUGCUGCUCAGGAUUUCCAUGUGUCAAAACCGAAAGAACUUGAAAUUUCGAAAUCGCCCAAAACUGUACACACACCAUCAAAACCUACAGCUGUAUUGCCAGAGAAACGUUACCCAAUACGUAACCGGAAACCGAAAAUCAUGGAAGAUUUUGUAUACCAUGGUUCUUCUACCAAGACCAAAACCUAA